GCCGCCACAGGCCGCAGAGGGGCCCUCGGAGCGGCGCGGAGGCGGCCGCGGCGCGGCCGGUAUGAGCCAGGUGCCGAGGAAGCUGCAGGAGGAGGAGGAGGGCGACGAGGAGGAGGAAGAGGAGGAGGAGAUCGUGGGGCUGGCGGGCUACGGCGACGGGGCCGAGUCCUUCUCGGAUGGGGACGCGGAGAGCGGCGGCGACGAGACGUUUUUGGAUUUCAAUGAUCCCUUCAGUACUGAAGUUAAACCAAGAAUCCUGCUCAUGGGAUUGAGAAGAAGUGGGAAGUCUUCCAUUCAGAAGGUUGUCUUUCACAAAAUGUCACCAAAUGAGACCCUCUUCUUGGAGAGCACCAACAAGAUCUGCAGAGAGGAUGUUUCCAACAGCUCCUUCGUCAACUUUCAGAUAUGGGAUUUUCCUGGGCAAAUUGACUUCUUUGACCCUACCUUUGAUUAUGAGAUGAUUUUCAGAGGCACUGGAGCACUGAUAUUUGUUAUUGAUUCUCAGGAUGAUUAUAUGGAGGCAUUAGCUCGGCUGCAUCUUACUGUGACCAGAGCCUAUAAAGUGAAUCCCGAUAUCAACUUUGAAAUCUUUAUCCAUAAAGUGGAUGGCUUAUCAGAUGACCACAAGAUUGAAACGCAAAGAGAUAUUCACCAGAGAGCAAAUGAUGACCUUGCGGAUGCUGGAUUGGAGAAAAUUCACCUCAGCUUUUAUCUGACAAGCAUAUAUGAUCAUUCUAUAUUUGAAGCCUUUAGCAAAGUGGUACAGAAACUGAUUCCACAGCUCCCAACACUGGAAAACCUACUUAACAUCUUUAUUUCAAAUUCUGGUAUUGAAAAAGCAUUUUUAUUUGAUGUAGUCAGUAAAAUCUAUAUUGCAACGGACAGUACUCCGGUGGAUAUGCAGACUUACGAGCUUUGCUGUGAUAUGAUAGAUGUUGUGAUUGACAUUUCUUGUAUAUAUGGGCUCAAAGAUGAUGGUACUGGGACUCCUUAUGACAAAGAAUCAAUGGCAAUCAUAAAACUGAACAACACAACUGUCCUGUAUUUGAAAGAAGUGACAAAAUUCCUUGCUCUUGUUUGCUUUGUAAGAGAAGAAAGCUUUGAGAGAAAAGGAUUAAUAGACUACAACUUCCAUUGCUUUCGGAAAGCCAUACAAGAAGUGUUUGAAGUGCGCAUGAAAGUGGUGAGAUCUCGGAAGCACCAGAGCCACGCGCGGAAAGACAAAAGGCCGACGGCCAACGGGACAUCCCGGCUGCCGCUGUGACCGCGGCCCCCGCGGCGCUGCCGAGCGCGGCCUCCCUCCGCAGGGAUGGGACUGCUCCAUCUCAUUGCACUGAGUGACGAGGAAGGCAAACAGGACCGACGCGUUGCAGGAAUCUUCUCCGACCCUUCAGAAAGCACUGUUGAAAUAUUUUUAUCCAAACAGGUUUUUGUUUUUUUCAUAGAGUGAGCACUUUGAGCAAAAUGUUGUAUAUAUAAGCAUUGAGGUGAACACUUGUAAGAAUUUUCGUAAUAUAUGCUGUAAACCUUUCUCAUGCCAUAUUAAGAAAAAUCAGCUGUGACAGAAAUACUGGGUACAUAAUUUGCACUUUUUCAUGUUUUCCUUGUGGAGUUGGACUUUGAUAAACUUAGUUUUUAUGGUGAUUUUUGAUGCAUGGUGUCAGGUAAAAUGUAUGCUGUAGUUUAUACACCUGCUAAAAUCAAAUUGGUUAGUAAACAAUCAAGAAAACUCGGUAUAAUGCCUUUUAAAAUUUGUGACAGCUAAUAUCRAACAUUCAUACAGAUCUAAUUUCAUAUAUUUUUCAAUUUGUAAACUGAAGAAUUAUUUUGAAGUAUGAUAGCAAUAAGCACCUUGCCAGGGAUCAUAACUGGUAGGUAAAUAAUUAGCUUUUAUAAAACAGGCUUUUGGCCAAAUUUUACCCGGAGUUCUCCAUAACACUGGUAGUGCCCUCUGUUGGGUCUGUUUUUAUUCUUUACCUCAACAUAUGCCACUAAAAUACCUUUCUAUAAAGAUAAUUGUUUUGUAAAAUGGCUCUAUGUUGCAGUGGUGUUUUUCUAAGGCUCUGGAGGAGGGUGGUGCAUGUGUAAGGUUGAAUUUACACGGGCCAGCUUGUUUAGAGAGUCCUUGCAUCUGCAGCUGGUGCACGGAAGAAUCUGUAUGGAUUCUCAUCCUGCCAGUACAAUAACUUAAAAUGCAUUUGUAGGAGAUGCUAGAGAUGUUCGYACUGCGUUUUGAUUUCCCCUAUUUAGGGUACAUUUGUUAUAGAAAUCAAAAGAAAUCUUUCAGAUGAGCACUGGUGAGUCUACCUGCUCUGGUCAUCAGCACACAUAACUGCUUUUUAUUUUGACUUUGAUUGCAAGUGGAUUUGCCACAGGAUCAGCUGGGAUACCAGAGCACUUCCAAAUUUAAGUAGUAGUAGAACUUACCUGCUCAGUUCUGUAUUGAUGGUUUCUUUAGCUGAUGAUCUGAAAUCCUAGUUUCUCGUGGGGAAGCACAACCAUGGUGAGGAAAGCUCUGCUCUGCCCACUCAUCCCCUCCUCUGCCUCGAGCUGGCACAGCUGUGGAGG